CAUAGGUACUAAUAAAUAUACAAGCAAUAUAAAGGAAUAUUCAACAAAUAUAUUUCCAGUUGAUUAAAAAAAUAAAUUAAACGGUUACUUUCACAAUUAGUUUUUCCAUAAUUAAACAACUAAAAUCAAGUGUGUGGAUAAAUUAUUUUAAGGUUACCGUAAUAUUAUUAAUAAACAGUACUUACACCCCCUUCUGUAAUGGCUACAAGAAAAAGGAGUGGUUCUGGAUCCAAAAGACACCUAAAGGAGAAGGUUGUUCAGAUUUAUGAAUCUUUCUUCAGAGGAGAGGACCUUACAAGUGAUAAUCCCACAUUUUGGGAUGAGUUUUUUCUGUUGAAGCCGAAGAUUCCGCAAUUGGAAGCAGAAAUACAAAAACUAAGCCCAGAGCAGUUAUUAAACAUGAAAGAUAAUAUCAAUUUACUUGUUAUUCAGUGUAUUGAAAUGUUAGGACAAGAGCACCAUAUCAGGUUAGUUUAUGCACUGCAGACUUUUAGUGCUUUACUGACUACUAUGUACCAAAGACUUGCACAGGAUUCAAAUAUAAAUAUAAAACUCAUACUGUUGGGAACAGAGAACCCUAAUGCUAAGAUGCAAAAGCUUUUGGAACACUGUAAUGCUAUGCUAUCAGGUGAUGUUCCAGACAGUUUAAAGUCAAUGGUUCUCAAAUUACUGCUUAUAAUAGCAACCGGUAUUGACAAUAUUGAUGAUAAUCCACUGGUGGAAUAUCUGAUGAUGAAUUCACUGUUUGAACCAUUGAUACACUUACUGUGUACUUCUACUGAACGCCAACAGCAUGGUUAUGAUGUAGUACUCCUUCUAAUGUUCCUCGUUAAUUAUAAGAAACAAGAAUCUGCCAAUCCAUAUGUGGUUAAAUUAUCAAUACUGGAUGAUGAGCUAGCUCUCAAUGGAUAUGGCCAAGUUAUAACAGCGGCAUUGAAUGAUUAUGUAAUGUCAACUUUUGGUGGUAUGCAGACAAACAGUGGAGGUUGGCUUAGCUCGCUCACAAGUAUGGUGGGAGGCAUAUUCCUUACAAAUGAUGACACUCAGCCUGUUUUUCGGGGACAAAGAAAUAGUGGUGGGGAAGAAGGUAUGCUGCUAGCACUUUACGAAGCAGCUCAUUUAAAUCGCAACUUCAUGACGACGCUGGCUCAUUCGUCGUCAGCCGCUGCAUCAUCAGCACCACCCUCACCACCUGCAACUUUACCUCCGCACCAGAGUCCUCCAAACUUAGCGCAAAUCCAGGCACUGAUAGACAAUGAGCAGCCAACGAAUUUAUUAGUUACUUUCUUCCAGUAUUGUUCAAUAGUAAUGGCGGACACACGAACAGAGGCGAGCAUUAACAAGUGCAGCCUUUGCUUCAUCACACUUACGUGUAUCGUAGAGGAACAAUUCGCAAAUUCCAUCAUGCACGACCAAAAUCUUACUUUCAAAGUCCAGUUGUACAGACUGCCAAUGCGUCAUAGAAAAAUCGUACUUGAAGAGCCUCCCUCGCAGCCAUUAGCUUCUACUUUAAUAGAUUUGCUCGUAGAAUUUAUGAUGUGUCACCUACUAAAGAAGUUCCCGGGUGAAUUAUACGAAGUCUGUAUAGGUGUUCUACAAAGGGUACUUAGUUAUCAGAAGCGUUGUAGGGUGCGUUUGGCGCGCGACUGGCGGCCUCUGUGGGCGGCACUAAUUGCGCUAUUGAAGUUCCUAGUCACUAACGAAACUACGUUGUUGAGGAGGCAUAAUAUAUUCUUGAUGGCGCAGCAGGUAGUGAAUAUUUUCAACCUAUUUAUCACAUUUGGAGACACAUUCCUGCCCACGCCAGCGUCUUACGAUCAACUCUAUUACGAGCUCAUCAGGAUGCAUCAAGUUUUUGAUAACCUUUUCUUUAUGGCGCUAAGAUAUUCGACUGGAGAUGGGGAAUAUAAAGCAGAAGCUCUACGUCUAGCGAACUGUAUGGUGAACGUUCGCGCUAUCAUACAACACUUCUCUGCUAAAAUCGAGUCUUGGUUGACUUCGCAACACCUAUCUACGCCAACUGAAGAUCAGAUACUGGAGGUAGUUCGAAAAAAUUACGACAGUCUCAUACUAAAACUGCAAGAAGGUCUAGAAUCCUACGAACGGUACUCUGAAAAGUCCUAUCGCGCGUUAUUAUCGAAGUUAGUGAAAGGCGCGACUGCGUGUGCGCGGCAACGUAGUGAUGCGGCGGCGUUGGGACAUCAUUCCGCUGCGCUGGUAUCGCAUUAUACAACUUUGGCUUAAAAUAAUGAUGUUUCAUGUACCUAAUUAAUUACCGGUUUUACCACUUAUUAUCUCUUAUAGAAUAAUUUAACACCUUGUUACGUUUAUUUUCCUAAAUGGCAUUUCAACUGACAGAUAACCUAAACAGAACAUAUCCAAGCUGAAAUUGAUAAACCGGCAAUUGUCGUCUGGCUAUGGUUUUCAUUUGAAUAUGAUGGGACUUAAGGCCAGAAUAACAUGAUUUUGAUAUGAGAUUCCUUCAACAUUUAAUUGUAUUAUCCGUUUAGAGUCUCUAUAACUAUAAUAUACCUACUACGUAAGAGAUUUAAUCGCGUGCCCAUCGGGAUACCGGUGCCUUCGGCGGUUGCGGAUACCGCUGUAGUUUGAACACGUCUUAAAAGAGACGAUUUGAUUGGCUUAUUAUACUUGAUUUUAUUUUAUUCCAGGUUGUUAUUUAAAAUAAUUUCCUAUUUUUAAAAAGGCUUUCUAUUUAUAAAAUAUGCUAGUGGAAGAGUAGUCAUAAUCUUUUACAAUAUGAUUUCAAUGAUUCAAUUUAUUAAACAGAAAACAAUUGUAAAAAACAAGACUGUUAUAAGUAUUCUGAAUUUCAGAAGUUCAUGUAUUCUAAUGUUAACCAUUCCACCAAAUUAAGAGCCUAGAACAUUAGAAACUUUUUCAUUAUAAGUUACCAAAUAGUUUCGUUAUACCUACUAUUGUAAAUAGGUAAUAUGAGAUAAAACAGUGAAAAUUCAUUUAUAUCGGAUCUAAAUUCGAUUUAAAGUCCAAUAUAUUUUAUAGUAUAUAAGUUUAUUUAUUGAGCCUGAUUAUAAGAACAUUGUUAUAUUACAUUAUCAUGUUAAAAUUCUAUUUUCAUACGUUUGGCAGGAUAUGCGAUAAAAUUAUAUUUUUAUAAUUUGUUAAUUUAAAGAUAAACAAUGUAUUAUUUGAUUUGCUUUAUGUAGUUGUUUGGAAAUAGAUCCUCAUAUUGAUUUAUAAACAUAAAUCAAACUGCAUUCUUUAUGAAAAUAAGUAAGUAGGUACUUAUAACCAUUGAGAUACUAUUAUUACGUAGUAAUAAUAGCUCAAUGGUACUUACACCAUUAUUCCAGGUUCAUACUUGUUUAUUUAUGUAUAAAUUACCAUUUUGAAAAAUAUAAAAGGCCACUGUAAUAUUGUUAAUAUUUAAUGUUUGAUGUUGCAUUGAUAACAAUUAAAUUGGAUAACACGAGGCUUGCACUUAAUUAUAUUUCGUGGCAUGGUCUACCAAAGCCGGUAGAAAUAAUGAUUAUAAAAUUCGAAAUCACACACUAUGUGUAGAUUUUAAAUGUAUCAAUUUAAGGUAUAAAGUACUAAUUAAUCAUAUCCAAUUGUAUAGGACUUUUAAUAUAUUAAAUAUUAUAAAUGUAUAACUGCAGUGUAUCACGUUUAAUUAUAAAAAUGAAUGAAGAAGUAACUAGCAAUAUUAUUUGUAGAUUUUGCAAAAAUGUAAUUUGAUUAAUCAUACAAUUUUUUUAACAUAA